AUGUUUUUGAUGCAUGAAACUCCACCAAAUCUCUCUCCCAAACAAGUUCUCAUUGAUGUCUAUAUCACACUGCGUGAGUUGCAGGAAAUGCAGCAGCAAAUUGGUGAAGAUAUCGCUGUCUUAGUACAGGCAUUCACACAAGAGUUUGCAGUUCCUCAUUUGCAGUGUUUUGCUGCAUGCUGUGCCAUUGAAAGGGUAAAACCCAGUAGGCACUCUCAUAUCAGUGCUACUGGACCACGAUACAUCCCUCCACCUAUGGUUGCCACAGGAGCUCAAAUCCAAUGCUCUGCACAAGCCCCCAAUGCCUUUUCCACCAGUAUAAGAGACAUCAACCCUGAGGUUGCCAAAUCAAAGCACUGGCCAUCAGUGCUUACCACUAUCCUCAAGAUACUUGGCAUCUUAGUGUUCUUUAAAGAAGCCCAUGCUGCUCUUAGGCUUGAGCAAUGCACCAAAUCCCUUCAGUUCAAGGAUGUGUUAGAGGAUACAUGGAAGCAGCUUGAUGAUGUUAGCAAAACAAUUGCGACUCCACACCAUAAAAGUUGUGGACUUCUCCACUCAAAGCACUCUAAGGCCAACUUAUGGAAUGCAUUCUGCUGGGGGAAAAACCAAGAUGAAGAGAAUGAUGGCCAUGGUAAAGCAGUGCUUCAAUCACUUGUGCAUGAACACAAGUCUGAAUACCUUGCACUCUCAAAAGAGGAGCAAGAUGAACUGCUCACUGAGUUCACUGCAUGGAAGGAGAUGAAGAAGACAGGUUUUUGCACUACAACCAAGUCAAAAAUCAACAAUAUUACCCAAACCUUGAAGGCAGUGGAAAAUGAGCUCAAGAGCCUGCAUUGUCAUACAGGUGUUGACAACUUCAUGGAUACUGUCAUGUGGAUCAACAAUCAAGAUUUAGUCAACAAAAUGGAAGGCUUUGCCAUCCAGGGGAUGAAAGGUUCUGCAAAAAAACCACCAGAAGCGGAAGAGUGUACUGGUGACCCUGGCACAAAGAUGCAAUGGGUGCAUUACUUCUGCAAUGUCAUUCAGUGGUACCAGGUCGUUGUGGAAGUAUUGCCUGAUAAGAUUCCAUUUACAAACCUCAGUCAAGUAUCAAGUGCACUUCCAGACCUCAAUAUGUUUUGCGAUAGGUGGGAUAAAGGUACAAUGUGCUGGAGGUCCUUGAGCAACACAGAAUUUGAGAAACUCUGUCUGGAGCAUGAAGAGAAGCUCAAGAGUGGUGAGAUAAUGAUCAUCGCUGCUGCACUUGAUCUGACAGAGGGACAAAGUGCUGCAUGCAAGAGCAUCAAGACUAUCAGGGACAGUGACAGCAGUAAUACAGAGCCAGCUGAGCCUCACGACAGAGCAGCCCCAUCUGCUGGUCCUACACCUCCUCCCAUUCCACAGCCUCACAAUUCUCCCAUGCAGCAGCCAUCAGAUGGACCACCUAGUGCUUCCCAAUCUUUCAGUAGUGACUUCAUCACUCCCCCCUUUGACUAUGAUGCAAUGUUAGCUGACUUAGAUCAAGUGUUUGGCCUCACACCUGCUUUGAAUUCAAUGUCAGAGUGA